CCAAAACAACAACAACAAGAAAUCUGUCAGAUUUUUUUUUUUCAAUACUGUAGUGAUGAAACUUCUAUAAUCACAUGAUGGGAGAUGUAACAAACAAAAAGUCUUUGCUUUGCGAGCUGAACAAAAACCCUUUAGAAGUUUUCAAAUCGAAGGUAGAUGAACUGACAGAAAUAGCAAGUCUUAUGCCAGAUAUAUACCGACCAGAUGCUAAACGAUACUUUCAUCAAAAUUGUGACGGUUUAAUAGAACUUCUUGGAUUAGAAAGAGAUUUUGAAAAUGUACAUUCAGAAAGCAGCCUUGAUACAGAUACAGGUGGGGCUAUAAUUGAAAUAAAGGAUGGAAAAAUAUUAUCCGAAGUUAGUGAGACAAGUAUUUUCAAGGUAGAUGCUCAAACUGAUACACACACAAAAUGUUCAGGUGUCAAUAAAGAGAAAAAUAUUGUUUGUAGUGAUGAACUUAAGACAUGUAGUAAUCCUGAGUUGAGUGAUGUGCUGAGAAUGGCUGAAGCAAAAAAGAUUGACAAGGAUACCACUGACUCUGAAGAAAAUGUUAAUAUGAUAUUAUCUCCAGAAAAUAAGAAGAAAAGAACACUUUAUAAUGACGACCAUUUGGAAAUAUUUUGUGAGUCAACUCAAGUGACAGAAAGAGAAUUGAAAAGUAAUGAUGAAAAAAGAAUAGAAAUUAAAUUGAAAUCCUUUGAUGAAGGAACUAAUGAGAGCUUUAACGCUGCAAUAGUAAAUAGAAAUAUAGAUAAUCUGUCUGGAGACAUUUUAGACAAUACAGAGAAAUUGGAAACAGUACCUGAUACCAAAUGUGAAGUAACAGAGUUGAUCAAUUGCAUUCCAAAACUCGCACAGUAUAUGGACAUAGACCCUAAAAAUGUGACACUACUUAAAGAUGAUGACCAAGAUGAGGAUGAUGAUAAAUGUAUACACAUGUCUGUAGAGCUGUCUGACGGGACGGUGCAGAAAUUUAAAAUAGCGGGGUAUACACCUGGAAUGCUUAGCCAUGCUGCUAGUGUUACAUCAGAAAGUGCUGAAACAGGAAUAGAUAACUCAGGACUUGAUAAGAAGGAAACACCUCAAAAUGUGGUAACGAGAGAUAGUAGGGAAAGAGAUCGUUCAAUAUUGGGUAGAAGAUUACGUACAAGGCCCCACAAGGCUCCCGUCAUCCGUAGAGGGCCAGGUCGGCCAAAAAAUAUAAAUAUCCCUGCACCAGAGAAGAAUGAGAAUGGGGAGAUGUUUUAUCGAUGUGAGGAAUGUAAAGGAAAAGUGAAGACCUAUAAUGCUCUCAUAGUUCAUAUGAGAACUCACACAGGUUCUCGGCCGUUUCAAUGUUCAUUCUGCAAUAAAUCAUUCACUACAAAGGGAAAUAUGAAGGCUCAUGAGAUGACCACACACAGUGACAAUAAACCAUGGAAAUGUAAAUAUUGCAAUAAAUCAUUCAAGGAGAAAAAAGUGUUGAAGGUACAUGAAAGGAUUCAUACUGGGGAGAAACCAUACAGAUGCAGUAUUUGUGAUAAGGCUUUCUCACAGAGGUCUGUGAUGUUAGAACAUAUGUUUACACAUUCGAACAAUAGACCUCACCUCUGUGAUUUCUGUGGGCAGGGAUUUAGAGGAUUAUCAUCAUUAAAAUCUCAUAAAAAGAGGCAUAUUGGUAAACGAGAAUUUCAGUGCGAGUCUUGUGAAAGGGCAUUUGUGUGUAAAAGUGUGUUCUUUCUUUUUCUUUAUUUAAACCUGACUAUUAACUAA